GCGUACUCAUUGGGAUGACGUCAGUCUAGAUGUAAGCAGCCAUUUUGUUAGCUAACUGUAGGUAGCCGCUGGCGCGUGUCGUUGCUAAUUGGGUGCGUUGUGCGUAGCACAGCUUGGACUUUCAAUUUCACCGUCGUGUUUCGAAAUUUUACUUGUACUUUUCGACCGUAAGGCCGCAGGUAAGAAGACUGCGUUUAUAUACGUUAACUGCGAGUCCACAGCAAAAGUGGAUGCUUAUUCAUUUCUCAAACGCGCUUCCGUUUGCUAGCUUUGGUAGCUAGCUAGCUAACGUAUUUGCCGUCGACAAAGGAGCUAAGUGACGCCUUUCGUCCUUUUCCCCAGGUCAAUAAAACCAAACGUUCGCGCAUACAAAAGUCACAAGGGUGUCGACUUUUCGGAAUUUCUUGCAUUUCAAUUUGCUUCACGGGGAGCAAAUUCGAGUUGCGUGUGUAGCUCCCUCGUAGUGAGGUAGCACCCAGAGGCUUCAAGCUGGCUACCGGCCUUUCAGAGAACAUGUCCGAGUUGUACAUUCGGGUGGCAGAAGACGAGAACGAGGAGCCGAUGGAGAUUCCGUCGGAAGAUGAUGGCACCGUUUUGCUGUCGUCUGUCGCGGCCCAGUUUCCAGGGGCUUGCGGACUCCGCUACAGAAAUCCAGAGUCCCAGUGCAUGCGCGGAGUCCGGCUUGUGGAGGGCGUCCUGCAUGCGCCAGAGAGCGACUGGGGAAAUCUGGUCUACGUGGUCAAUUACCCCAAAGAUAACAAAAGAAAGAUGGAGGAAAUUGAUGCUGCCUCAGCUGUGAAAGUCAAAAGGGGUUAUCAGAAGACGUCAGACCUUAUUGUCCUUGGCCUUCCCUGGAAAACCACAGAACAAGACCUGAAAGAUUAUUUCACCACCUUUGGAGAGGUCAUCAUGGUACAGAUCAAGAGGGAUGCAAACACGGGCAACUCCAAAGGAUUUGGCUUUGUGCGCUUCACUGAAUAUGAAACCCAGGUUAAAGUGAUUUCUCAGAGACACAUGAUAGAUGGACGAUGGUGCGACUGCAAGCUCCCCAACUCAAAGGCGUUCCCCGACGAGCCCAUGCGGAGUCGCAAAAUCUUCGUGGGCCGCUGCACGGAGGACAUGACCCCUGAUGAGCUGCGACAGUACUUCAUGCAAUAUGGAGAAGUGACAGACGUUUUCAUCCCAAAACCCUUCCGGGCGUUCGCAUUUGUCACAUUCGCCGACGACCAGGUGGCCCAGGCCCUGUGCGGAGAGGACCUGAUCAUCAAGGGCGUCAGCGUGCACAUCUCCAACGCCGAGCCCAAACACAACAAUAGUAGGCAAAUGAUGGAAAGAGGGCGCUUUGGGGCGGGCGGCUUCGGUCAGGCGUACGGCGCUAGUCGUGGCGGGUUGGGUGCGGGCGGAGGGGGGAAGGGUGGGGUCAACUUCAGCGCCCUGGGCCUUAAUCCCGCAAUGGUGGCGGCCGCCCAGGCGGCGCUGCAGAGCAGCUGGGGGAUGAUGGGCAUGCUGGCCAACCAGCAGGGGAUGACCACGGCGGCGGGGGGCACAGCCGCCACCACUCGGGAUCAGACGUACAGCUCCACCAGCACCAGUUACAGCAGCCCCACCGCGGCCAGUCUGGGCUGGCCCGCGGGUACUAACUCGGCCUCGGGCAGCGGCUUCAGCUCUGGCUUUGGCGGCUCCAUGGAGACAAAGUCUUCCAACUGGGGCAUGUAGUUAAGUAGUUCAGUUGAGCUCCCCGGCCAGGGCUCGGGCCCCACUGUUAAAUUUGUUAAAUGUUAAGUUAAAUGUUUGAAAAAGCCCAAAGCCUUAGUUGGACGUGUUGUUGAGUUUAGCGUGGCCCUCGGAGAUUAGGCAAAUGUCCAAAUUCCCCAGCCCUGGUCUAGCCUAAUCUGGUAAGUACUAUCACAAAAACAAACAACCCCCCCCCCCCCCCCCCCCCCCUUAACAAGCAAGUUGAAAAAUGUGACAGUAGUUAUGGAUGGGUUUAGUUAGCUACUUUUCAGAAAGUGACGCGUGCAUGCACCGUUGAUUGUAAAGGUGCGUGAGUACCACCAGACCGCUGGUUCCCCUCAAAGUGGGCUCGAGAUCAUUGUUGUAUAUGCAAUGCAUUUUUUUUUCUUUUUUCCCCUUCCUUCUGACCUAAUCUGAUGGAAACGCCUUGCCAACCAUCUCUC